CCUCCUCCAGAGCGUGGCUUCGUCGAAGGAAGAGCGCGCAGGCUGGGUGAAAGGUCGAGGUGGCCACGCCCCCUUUGGCUCGGCUUCCGCCCGUGCGGGGAAACCCCGGAGCGGAUAUAGCGCCCUCUCUUUCCGGUCUGGCUCCUUUUCGGCCGUAGCUGCCUCCACGCGAACAUGCCUGUGAGUCCUUUGCUGGGUCUGGGCGCCAGCGGAGCGGCGAGGCCUUGGUGCCCCGUCCCUCCCCGGCUCGGUCUUUCGGGCCCCGAUAGGUUGGGGAAAGGGGGUCGCUCGUGGUCGUCGCCUUGGGCUUCCACCCCGCUCCAGGCGCCCCAUCGCCUUCCCUUCCCUCACACCUCCCUGGUCGGGGAUGGGAGGCUCAAAAUGGCGGCCUGGGGAGGGAGGGGAGAUAUUUACUUCUCUGACUCCUCCCCUCUCCCCGCUUUUUAAAAAUGUGCUCCGUUAAUAAGAGAUUUAUAUGAAUAGUAACUUGGUUUUGAAGGGAAAGGAGGAGCAGAGCAGCCUGGGAGGCGGGUGCCAGCGAAACCACUUUUCCCAGCUCAGGGUCAUCUGGUCUCGCUGCGUUAUUUUGUUUAAAAGUGAGCCUAUUUGAGUCGGUGUGGGUGUGUGUACACGUGUAUGUGUGUGUGUAUAUAUAUAUAUGUGUGUGUGUGUGUGUGUGUGUGUGUGUGUGUUUACGUAUGUAGCAUUUGUAUCCUGCCUUAUUCUCCAAGGAGCUCAAGGUGGCGUACAUGAUUCUUCCCCCCCCCCCCCAAAAAAAUUUUUUUUAAUGCCCCACAACAACCCUACGAGGUAGGUUAGGCUGAGAGGCAGUGUGUGAGCUUCACGAUUCAGGGAUUUGAACUCUGGUCUCUCCCAGGUCCUAGCCUGACACUGACCAUACACCACAGUAGCUCUCUACCUUGCAAAGUUUUCUCUUAAUCCAUGUAUACUUAGAUACGUAUUUAUGGCUUUGGAGAUUUCAAAAACAAAGCAAGUUUGUGGCGACUGUAUUUCCGUGAAAUCUUGCAACCGUCCUGGUUGGUUAAUAGGCAGGCAGGGGGCAACGUUGGCCAGUGCCCUCAGUUUCAGGGGUUGUCUGAGGCCACUUGAUAAUAUUUGAAUUGAGUGUUUGAGGAACAACUGCUGCUAAACUGGCCCUCUAGAGGUGGUUGUUCUCCAUGCCAGCAAAGCACUGCUCAUGGUUUGGGGUUAUGGGAGUUCCAGAUGGAGGGUCACUGGUUCCUCACCCACAUAAUAAACGUAGUUGUUGUUUGUAUGCUAGCUAAGCGUUCAUGGCACUUGAAAACUACCAGAGGAUCUUAAAAUAUAGGAUUUGGGCCUUUGGAGUUCUUUCCCCUUUAAUAGACUUAUGAGAAGACUUUCCUCUUUCAGUAGACCUUUUAAACGGAGAUCUUCCCCAGUCUGCAUCUGUACUAGAAUUGUUCUUAAAGAUGUUUUUCUCACUUGUGUGCAGCCCUGAACUACUUUGGAAGGGUGGGGUAUAAAAUGAAUAAAUUCACCAAUAAUAAAAGACUGUGCUUCAUGGAAAAGGGGGGUUUGAGGAAGGGGGUUAAGGGGGCAGUGCUACUUUUUUUAAGGUCUGGUAGGCAUGGACCCCCUCAACCAGGUUUUCCUAACCAAAUUGCUAGCUACUUAACAUGAAUAUGUACACAAGUACUUUGUUAGGGGUUUGGGAGUUAAAUGUGUUGUGGGGAUUGAGAGGUUUGUUCUUCAUUCUAAAGUCCUUGGUUUAUGGGCAUUCCCUGCAGCUCGCAAAGGAUCUCUUGCAUCCCUCCCCUGAGGAGGAGAAGAGGAAACAUAAGAAGAAGCGCCUGGUCCAGAGUCCCAACUCUUACUUCAUGGAUGUGAAAUGUCCAGGUAGGGAGGAGGAGUGUGUUAAAACAAGGCUGGUCGUGUUUUUAUGUCCUGCAACUUGUAUAUACAGUGGUACCUCUGUUUUCGAACACAAUCGAUUCCGGAAGUCCAUUCGAGUUCUGAAGUGUUUGAAAGCUGAAAGCGGAAGCCUCAAAACGGAAGCCUCAAUACAGAAAUCUCAAAACUGAAGCUGCAUUUUCCUGUUUGACUUCUGAGGCGCGUUUCCAGGUUUUGGGUGUUUGAGUUCCAAAACAUUCAACUGCAGAGGUGUUCGAAAACCGAGGUACCACUGUACUUGUUUUGGGCAAGGGGCUGGAUCACGUAUCACAUAGUUCUACGUUUUUUCUCACACUCCAUUGUAGUUCGCUGCUUUGCAUUGCUGGGAGCUCAUACAGGGAGGGGGAAAACCUUUGCUAUUUGCUCAGGCAUGUGAACUGGCAGUAGGAAAUGAGGCCUCUUGUGUUGGGGUUACAGAAGAAGAAAUGUCAGAGCACUACGGUUACCUUGGAAAUCAUUGCUCCUAUGGUAAAAUACCUGGCCUUGGAAAGGCUAUACCCACAUGUGUAACUCGGCAGGCAAGUAAAGAAGGUCAUUGCCUUCAUGCUGGUGGCACUGAGAUUGGGCUUUCCCCUUUCCAUCUUCAGGAACAUCUGCCUUACAUCGAGUCAGAUUAUUGGUCCAUCUAGUUUGGUGUUGUCAACACUGACUGGCAGCGGCUCUCCAGGGUUGCAGGCAGGGGACAUUCCCAGCCUUUCCUGGAGAUGCCAGGAAUUGAACCUGGUACAUGCUGCACAUGAAGCAGAUGCUCUGUCCACUGAGCUACGGCAUUCCCAAAUAGUUGGUAAAGACCUUACUUAAGCUAAGGUGUUUUGGCUAUGUACAAAUAGAAAAAAUGAGAUAUGAAGCAAACAAAUCACAGGUUUACCUGCAUCUUGCAGUUUUAGCCCACAUAAAGGAUUUGAGGCAAUACAGGUGAUUGAAAGGAGACUGGGUGGUGUAGGUUUGUCUCCAAGGUUGAAAUGCUAUUCUAGCAAUUAUCCCGUUUAGCACUUUUUCUGGUUAAAUUUCCCGAUUUUCUAGGCAUUAUACAUUUUGGAGAGGGUCCUCUUGCAUUUCUUUGAAGUGGAUCCAAAGUGAUGUUUUUUCUUUUCCCUCUCUCAGGUUGCUACAAAAUCACCACUGUGUUCAGUCACGCUCAAACAGUGGUUCUGUGUGUCGGCUGUUCAACUGUGCUGUGCCAGCCCACUGGGGGAAAGGCAAGGUUGACAGAAGGUAAGCAGGCAGCUUAAUUGGCUGUUUUUAAAGACCUGCUCUUGGAGCAAAUCACUUCUGCCUUAUCUCCUCUGUUCCUUUGCCAUUUUCUAUUGCGGCAUGUAAGCAGUGUGUGUUUAAUUGCACCCCUUCCCUGUUAUUAUGUAACCUUCUGUAGAGGUGGAUGGUUAAAGCUGCUUAGAGCAGGUGGAAUCUGGAAGUGAGUGGUUGGUUUUUUAACCUGCCCUAAGGCAGUCUGCCGGUUUUCUUUUGCUUUUAAAAUUCACAAGUUAGGUAACUAUUAUGUCAGGCUUUGUAACAAAACACACUGGGGUUCAGAUAACAAAAGGGAGGGUCUGGAGCUAUCACUUUUUGCAGCAACCACUUUGGGUGCGGGGACAUGCCUCCAGUAAUUAAGAUUUUGGGUAUUAUGCAUAGAGUCUUGGGGGAGUGAAGGGUGGCUCUGUUUUUUGCUUUUAAUCAUGUGACAUAAUCGGAGUAGCCUUCUGCAAGACUUUCUUUAAAUGAGCCAUGAUGAAUUUCAACUCUCCCGGAUGCUGUGCUCAGGAGGUCGAGAAGUCAUGUGUAAAUAAGAGCUGUUGUGUUUUCUUUUCUUUUUGUUCACUGUGUGGCCUUCCACCCCACCCUGUUUGCAGGAUGCUCCUUCAGGCGAAAGCAGCACUAAAUUAAGCAGAUGUUUGUCCAGGAUGGGUGGGGCUAUGUGCACAGUCGUCGGCUCCGGUGCGGAGGAUCUCAAGAGCAUGGACGGUGGGAGUCCCGACACAAGUGAGAUGUGAGCUGCAGCUGUGUGGCUCUUGAGGAUUUCAGCUGUUGCUGCUGCCUCUGGAAUAAGGAGAGCAAAAGAUGGCUUUCGCACUGUCCUUGUAGCCUCACCCAUCUGACUCAAUAAAUUUUGGAUAU